UCAUGACGUCACAUCCUCGCCAUUUUCCUGCUGCUGUUGUUGUUAGCCUAUUAGCUAAAAUAUCAGCAUUUGCACAGAGAAAAGGCGGGUCUGCGAUACAUGUACCCCGCAUAGCUCAGCUUCUGCAGUGAGUUCAUCGUGACUGUCGUUCCUGCAGUCAUGGACGAGGAUUUCUACAGCGGCCCAGGCGACUGGGAGAGCUCAGACGUGAACGUGGAGGACGGUCACAUGGAAGGAGAGACCGAUGGUGCAAUCCAGGAGGCUUGUCUGCAGAAGUUUUCCAGCAGGGAUUACAUCAUGGAGCCUGCUAUCUUCAGCACCCUCAAAAUGUACUUUCAGGCCGGUGGCUCUCCAGAACAUGUGAUCCAGCUUCUGUCAGAAAACUACUCUGCUGUGGCUCAGACUGUGAAUCUGCUCGCUGAGUGGUUAAUCCAGAUGGGUGUAGAACCCGCUCAGGUCCAAGAGCGUGUGGAAAAUCACCUGAAGAGUCUCCUCAUAAAGCAUUUCGACCCCCAGAAAGCAGAUUCUAUUUUUACUGUUGAGGGAGAGACUCCAGCUUGGCUCGAACAGAUGAUCGCACACACAACCUGGAGGGAUCUUUUCUAUAAACUAGCUGAGGCUCAUCCUGACUGUUUGAUGCUCAACUUCACAGUAAAGCUUAUUUCUGAUGCUGGUUACCAAGGAGAGAUCACCAGUGUGUCCACAGCCUGCCAGCAGCUGGAGGUUUUCUCACGGGUGCUGAGGACAUCUUUGGCCACUCUGCUCGAUGGAGGAGAGGAAAACCUGGAGAAGACCCUGCCAGAAUUUGCUAAAAUGGUGUGUCAUGGCGAGCACACUUACCUCUUUGCCCAGGCGAUGAUGUCCAUCCUCGCUCAGGAGGAACAAGGCGGUUCGGCUGUUCGCAGGAUCGGCCAAGAGGUGCAAAGGGCUGCACACGAGAGAGGCCACGAUGCCAGCCAGAUCACCCUGGCACUUGGAACCGCAGCCGCCUACCCUCGAGCCUGCCAAGCUUUAGGUGCCAUGCUGUCCAAAGGAGCCCUGAAUCCUGCUGACAUCACAGUUCUUUUUAAGAUGUUCAGCAGCAUGGACCCUCCUCCUGUUGAACUGAUCCGAGUGCCGGCGUUUUUAGACCUUUUCAUGCAAUCGCUUUUUAAACCCGGAUCAAAAAUCAACCAGGACCACAAACACAAGUACAUCCACAUCUUGGCUUAUGCUGCCAGUGUGGUGGAGACGUGGAAGAAGAACAAACGGGUCAACAUCAACAAAGAUGAGCUAAAGUCCACGUCCAAAGCCAUAGAGACCGUUCACAACCUGUGCUGCAACGAGAACAAAGGAGCCACAGAGCUGGUGGCUGAGCUGGGCACUUUGUACCAGUGCAUCCGGUUUCCCGUGGUUGCCAUGGGAGUUCUGAAGUGGGUGGACUGGACGGUGUCGGAGCCACGCUACUUUCAGCUGCAGACGGACCACACGCCGGUUCAUUUGGCCUUACUGGAUGAGAUUUGCACGUGUCACCAGCUGCUGCACCCGCAAGUCCUCCAGCUCCUCAUCAAGCUCUUUGAGACGGAGCACUCUCAGCUGGACGUCAUGGAGCAGAUGGAGCUGAAGAAAACUCUUCUGGAUAGGAUGGUUCACCUGUUGAGCCGAGGCUACGUCCUGCCUGUGGUGGGAUACAUCAGGAAGUGUCUGGAGAAGCUCAACACCGACAUCUCCCUCAUUCGAUACUUUGUCACUGAGGUACUGGAUGUGAUCGCGCCUCCCUACACCUCAGACUUCGUUCAGCUCUUCUUGCCCAUCCUGGAGAACGAAAGCAUCGCAGGAACAAUCCGGACCGAAGGAGAGCAUGACCCUGUAGCCGAGUUCAUAGCUCACUGCAAGUCAAACUUCAUCAUGAUCAACUGAGCUGGAAAAAAACAGACCUAAAUUUUCUUUUUUCCACAUGUAUAUUUGAUUUAAAUAUAUUUUUUGUACUGUUAUGUUGAACAUUUGUGUUGGAUUCAUUUCCUUGAAAAAGAUUCUUGUAUGUUCCUCCUCCUUUUAGGAUAAAAAGUUUUAAUAAAAACAUUAUUUAAAGUUA